CUCCGGGAGCCGCCGUAUGCAUGACACUCCGGAAAGGCGAGAAGACCACCAUCAGCAUCCAGGAGCACAUGGCGAUUGACGUCUGCCCGGGACCCAUCCGGCCCAUCAAGCAGAUCUCGGACUACUUCCCCCGCUUCCCCCGCGGCCUGCCGGCCACGGUCAGCCGGAGCAACAGCCUGCGCUCCUCGGCCGGCCCGGCGGCCGUCAGCCCCUCGGAGCCCGCGCCCCGCGAGGAGGAUGAAGACGUCGACCAGCUCUUCGGCGCCUACGGGACUCGACCGGUGGAACAGCCGCCGCCGGCCACGCCGCCCCCGCCGCCGGCGGCGUCCAAGCCGCGGGCCGAGGAGGAGGAGGAGGAAGGGGUCGACCCGGAGGGCUACGAAUCGGAUGAUUGCACUGCCUUGGGGACGUUAGAUUUCAGCUUGCUAUAUGACCAGGAAAACAACGCCCUUCACUGUACAAUCAACAAAGCAAAGGGCCUGAAGCCUAUGGAUCAUAAUGGACUUUCGGACCCAUAUGUGAAACUACAUUUACUGCCAGGUGCCAGCAAGGCGAAUAAACUGAGGACCAAAACAUUGCGGAACACACUGAAUCCUACCUGGAAUGAAACUCUCACGUACUAUGGGAUUACCGAUGAGGACAUGAUCCGGAAAACACUCAGAGUUUCUGUCUGUGACGAGGACAAGUUCCGCCAUAACGAGUUCAUUGGGGAAACGAGGAUCCCAUUAAAGAAGCUGAAGCCCAACCAGACCAAGAAGUUCAACAUCUGUCUAGAGAAACAACUACCGAUAGACAAAACCGAAGACAAGUCCCUGGAGGAGCGUGGCCGUAUCCUCGUCUCUCUCAAAUACAGCUCCCCAAAGCAGGCCUUGCUGGUGGGCAUCGUCCGCUGCGCCCAUUUGGCUGCCAUGGAUGCCAACGGCUACUCCGAUCCCUACGUGAAAACAUACUUGAAACCGGACGAGGACAAAAAAUCUAAGCACAAGACGGCAGUGAAGAAAAAGACCCUGAAUCCGGAAUUCAAUGAGGAAUUCUGUUAUGAGAUCAAGCAUGGGGACUUGGCCAAGAAGACCUUGGAGGUCACCGUCUGGGACUACGACAUCGGCAAAUCCAACGAUUUCAUUGGUGGCGUGGUGCUCGGGAUCAACGCCAAAGGGGAGCGGCUAAAGCACUGGUUUGACUGCUUAAAAAACAAGGACAAGAAGAUUGAGCGCUGGCACACGCUGACCAAUGAGCUGCCGGGGGCCCUUCUCAGCGACUGACCUCAUGGACGGGCCCUGGGGCCCCCCCAGGAGAACGCACAGCACACCGUCCGACCACGAUGGAGGACCGCCCCUUGCCUUUGGAUCUCAUGUUUACUUGGUUCCGUGAGGGACGGACCCCAAACUGGCAAGCGCAGGGGCCUCAGCGGGGAGCCCCAACCUCCCAUCCCCGCGUGCGGGGAACCCUCGGGCCCCAAAGGGCCCCGUAUCUUCCGUUGUUUGGCGAGCUUAACUCCUAGAGGUUUCUCCGGGAGGUCUUGAAAUCUCUCUCGCGGCGAGCUGCAUCAUGAAUGUCUGCGUGCGUGUAUGUGUGUAUGUGUGUGUUGUGGGGGGAGGUCCACAGGCCUGCAUGUCUUAGAACCGUGACUUCUCAGUUCUUGCUGCCUUGUGAAUGCAGUGAUCACUUGAAUGCACAAUAUAUAUAAAUACCUAUACAUAUAUACAUAUAUAUACAUAUCUGGGGUUUGGGGGGUCUCUCUCGUUUUGUAUCUAUAGCUCAGACAAAGCAUUUACUGAAUCUCAGAACUAAGCGAUCUGGGCUGUGUCUCCAGCUGUUUGGUGGUUCCGGGCAGAAGCGUUUUUCUGCAUCUCACGUCCCCCGUUGUGACGUCCUCGGCAUGCGUGUGCGAGGAUGAAGAGGCUAGCCUUUCGUUUGGUCCCCAAAGACGGCUGACGUCCUCUUUCUGACAACCUGCACAACACAUCCGUGGGUCAAAGGGCUUAGUGACUCCCCAAGGCGACCAAUUCGUCCUUCUUCCACCUCCUUCCAUGGAGGCAAGGGGCCCCAGAACGCCUGCGUCAAGGCUUUGCACGGCUGUAAGAGGGUGGCCUUGCGAUGGGAGGUCUGAGGGCAUCCACCUCGGUGGGAAGACGCCUGGUUGCUCUCAAACAGCCGAGAGCAUCUCACAUUCUAUUCUGAGGAGCUCACACAUUCCAGAAACUGCAGGCCGCCUUUAUUCGGGAACCACCCUGGCAGGUGUACACAACACUAUCUUCCUCCUCUCGCUCUCUGCAACCCCGCUGUCUUUCAGUAAGCAAAUACGUUAGAGCAGGGAGAAUCCCACGGGGAAAAGUCUGCCUUUGCGCUCAGUGUCAGCCUCUAUGGCCACCGCGCAGAAUGUCAAGAAGGCCAAAGAAGAUUUGGCCUAUUUGAAAAACAGCAACACUACCUUCUGUUUAUAGCACAAGUCAACCUCUCGAAAGAAGGGCAAAAUAUUUCUCCUCUGCAUUAACUAAAAGGUUUCAGAAACAUCAUGGAUUGUCCUGGACUUCCUCAGGUGGUUUUCCAUUCAAAAUAACGGUAAACUGAACGACGACGGCAACCACGUGGGGUUCUCUUUCUCGGGAUCCCCUGUCAGAGGUCCAAAGUUCCCUCCACACUUUCAGGAAACCUGGAGAGUUAUUUUGGAAAUGUUUCCACAAAACAAGAUGUUUUCCAUGGACUAGAAAAAGGAAUCAGACACACACACACAAAAUCACCUUCUCGGUGCUGCUCCCCUUUGCUUGGAGAAAAUGGGCAAAACGUGGCACAUUCCCCAAUGUUCUCAACAUUUUGUAUCCCAGAGGAAGCCACGUGGCUUAAAAAAAACCUUCAUCCUCACCCAGUCCCCAUGGUCUGGCUUUCGGGAAUUUAGCCAUAAAUCUUCUUUAGAUACCUACUCCCCUUCCAAGCAUUAAAUGUUAUUUUUAUUCCCAACAAUUCUACUUUUCUUGCUUAAAACAAAAACCACAAUUCAAUUUAUUGUGAAUCACAUCAAGGUGGCUCACAAUAAAUUUAAAUACAACCGUAUAAAUAAUAAUAAUAAUAAAUCCAUUAAAAACAUGUCCCAGUGGGUAGCAUUUAAGAGGCCAGAAAGCUAAGUUAAAGAGAGUAUAAUAAUUUUUACCUGACGCUUGUAAAGGGGGGGUG